GGUGUUCAUCUUUAAAAAUCGUGCAUCACUUUUGCAAGUAUGCAAAACGUUGUAUGACGUUCGUACUAAAGUUCAUGCGUUGCAUUGCAAUAAUUUAGGAUCGCAUUUGGUCGCGUCCGAAUAGUGUGCAUGUCCAUUAUUUUAAGGAGACUUAAUGCGACCACCUAAACGCAUUCUAUGAUUGCGGGACAUCGUGCAACGUAUGCGAGACCUCGUGCGAAGCUAAAACAUUCCGAUUGCAAAGUGUUGUAAAUUGCUCGUGCGUCAACUGUGAAAGGGCUUUUAGAUGUUAAUUUCCAUUUUAUAUAUGAAAAAUUCAAAUAGAUUUCUAAUGUAAUUUUCUUUCUGACCGCGUCAAUUGUGAUACUCAAAACAUUGUUUGGCGCUUAUAGACUAAUUAACGAACUACUGUAUGGUGGCAUCGAUUUACGAAUGCCUAGCACAACGAGGGACUAGCAGAAAUGAAAGAAGUCGGGUUGCAUGGAUCGAUAUAGGAUGUGGAAUUCUCGGGCUUAAUGAAUCACCCAUACCAAGAAAGCCUUCUUGAGCAACAGCUUAUAAGAGAAAUGCCGAUGCUUCGGAAUUUGGAGGACUCUGAUCAGAAGGAAGGAAGCUGUACAGGUCAAGAACAAUGAAGAUUCGACAGCUUCUUCCCAGCAACUUCUUUCAAAAAUCCAAAAGUAAAAAGAAGAAACAUUUUGGCAAAUGCAAGGACAAUUUAAAAGAAACAAAUACUGUCACUGAACAUUUCGACCAUGCCGAAGUUUUAGUCCACUCUCGUGAGAACAGUAUAUCCAAUUUGGUGGAUCUUCAUUCAGACUUGGACACUUUGUUUGAAACCCUCCGAUCAAGAGCAAACCGAACGCACGCGACUCAGCAAACUUCGGAGACAGAGUUACAAACCCUAGAACAGAGCGUUGUGACUUAUGAAAAUAUAGGACAAUUCAACAGCUUGAAACCAAGAACGAGGAUUCGAACCAACCCUUGGAUUCAGGUUCCAGCCACUGAGCUGUGCAUUUAUCAGUCGGAUUCGGACAAUAAAUACGCUGAAAUUCAGAAUUUAGGGAGUCGAAAGGAAAGCAAAGUUGUUGAAAGACUUGUAGUGUGUAAUAUUCCCGAGAAAGACGACAUACUUGAAGCGCAAGAGAAUCUUUUCAUUUCGAAACGCCAGAGACGGUCUGCAGAAAAGAACAUUGAGACCCAUUAUCGCUGGUCUAUAAUAUCCGAGGGUGACGUGUCUAUUGACUGGGAGUGUCACACAUUUGAUGAAGACUGGGACAAUAGCAACCUAACAUACACUUAUAAUGCACCAUAUGAAAAUGACCUUGACUUGAUCCUAGAGCAGGGGAUGUCCGAGGCCGACUACACACGAGUUUCUAUUGAGGACCUUUUACAGGAAAUCGUGUAUGACACCGAUUAUCACAAAAAUACCACAGACGAUGACACAGAAAUGGCAAACAAUGAAGACCGUUCAGAUAAUUCUAGCAUAAUUUCGUAUCCAAUGACGAAUGCUAAUGACGUCACAAGGGAGGGUUUAAUGCAAGAAUCUCUGGACGCAGGCUACGCAAGUCUGACUCGAGAUGGGACUCUAAGCUCGGACGACGAUGAAAGAAUCGACAUCGAUAAUAUGAACUCUAAUUUGUCAUGCCGAGAAUUUUCGCCAUUGGAGGAAGAUGACAAACCUCAAGAAAUGGAUUUCGCCGUAGGACAGGAAGCGGAAUCUAGUGAACGUACGUUACCGGAAGUGAAACAAAGUCUUCAAGAGAAGAUAAACCAGCUACGUCUUGAGAAAUUAGUCGUGCAGAAUAAGAUUAAGGAGGCUCAGGAGGAAGAAAAAGCCCGGAUAGAGCAGAGGAGGCUUCUGGAGGGUAAAUUUCCAGCGGAAAGAAAAUUAUCAUUGUUCAAAACCCUGAUUGACCUAAAAGAAAGACUGGAAAACCAAACUAUGCGUAUACAGAGAAGCUACUCAGCGGUUUUAACCAUGAAGAGGAACUUCUCUCGCCAGAAAACCCCAGUAAUUUGUGUGUCCACCAAAAUUACGUUAUAGGGAGUGAAUCGGAAAUUGAAGGACUUUUUUUUUUAAUUUUGAACUUAUUUAAAAUGUUUUAAGAACAAUAAAUUAUCUUUUCCUUACUACCGAAGACCGCUUAUAUUACGUACGGUAAAACCGUAUAUUGAUUGCAGGUGAAUGUUUAUUUUGUAAAGACAGAUCUUUUACUUUUAGUGCUUGAGUUUAGAAACUUCGUUGUAACAAUGUUGUAAUUGCAGUUUCUUCAUUAGUUUUAAAAUAAAUAUAUUAUUAUACUU